CAGGAAGCCACUAGGUAAGCAACCAGGGGGAGGUGGGGGGAAGCAACUGGCGAUGUCAGCAGUCCUCCUCUACAUCCCAUCUAAAGAUGCAGAUCUGAGACCGAGCCCCUAAAGAGUACCCCUCAGUCUCUCAACCUGGAAUCCCCACCCAAGAUGGAGAGGAUGAAGUUGUCCUCAGGCAUUCUAGUAGGAGAGAAGGACAUCAUGCAACAGCAGGAAGUUCAGCAGGGGUUUGACCACCUCAGAGAAGACAGACCCAUGGGGCUGAAUUCUGGAGCCUUGCCUGCUGAAACCCGUUCUGCAGCAGACUCAGACUCACAGAUUCCUCAAACAGAGGCUCCUCAAGGGUUUGACAGAGUUCCUGCUGGGAUGAGAGGAGAUCCUUUGGAGCCUUACCAAUCCACCAAUCAGAUUGCUGAGCCACUCCAGUCUCCUAUCCUCUGGCACUGCCCUGAUGGAAGCUUUGUCAAGAGGAUCAUGGUCCAGGGUCAGGGCUUGGACAAACCCAAGGGGGGCUCCCAAUGCCACGUUCUAGUAUCUGGGCUUCCCCCUGGAGUGGGUCUGCCUGAAGGCUGGACAGAACUAACCAUGGGAUCAGGGCCAUGGAGAGACAGUCCUUGGGGAGAGGUUUUGGAGAAAUGCCUGGAAACCAUGUGUUCAGGUGAACAGGCAGAGCUCUUGCUCCCUGGUGGAGCUGAGCCCCCUGCCUUGAUCACCCUGGCCUCCUUCACCCUGGGCAAGGACUCUUGGGAGUUGUCGGUCAGGGAGAAAGAAGAGCUGGCUUCAGAGGAGCGGGCUAGGGGCACAGAAUUGUUCAGAGCUGGGAACCCUGAGGCAGCUGCGAGGUGCUAUGGCCGAGCUCUGCGGCUGCUGCUGACUCUUCCCCCACCUGGCCCUCCAGACCGAACCAUUCUUCAUGCUAAUCUAGCUGCCUGCCAGCUGCAGCUAGGGCAGCCUACCUUGGCAGCUCAGAGCUGUGACCGAGUACUAGAACGGGACCCACGACAUGUGAAGGCAUUGUACAGAAGGGGAGUGGCCCGGGCUGCCUUUGGGGAACUGGAUGGAGCUGCUGCUGACCUUCGGAGGGUGCUGGAGGUGGAACCAGGAAACCGGGCUGCCAGAGAGGAGUUAGGGAGGGUGGUGAUCAGGGGGAGACAACAGGAUGCAGGGCUGGCUCGGGGUCUCCGAAAGAUGUUUGGCUAAUUAAAAAUUAGAACUUAAAAGAGAGAACAGAAAUGAUGUGAUUUGUGGUCUGUGCUGUUAAGGAGAAGGCUUUCGAGUACAUGGAUUUAGAGGAGAAAAGGCUUGUUGGGUUUCAUUUCAUAUCCCAAUUCUCCUAUUUGCUGGCCUGGAGAGAUACUGUUUCCUCCCUUCAGUUUCCAUUCUUUCCCUUCAUUCUGUGUUCUGGUCUCAUUUCC